GAGGAAAACGGAAACGGGAAACCAAAGCUCCAUCCGAUCCCAUCAGAUCAGAUCCCGGAAGCAAGCAAGCAAAAUUGAAAACCAGAGCGGGUCACGGUGGGCCCGCCGGCCGAGCCCCACCGCAGCUCCCGCGCCCGCGCCACGUGACCUCGCCUGGCCGCCACCGCCCGCCACGUUCCUCCGCCGCCGCCUCCCGAGAGCGGCCGGUGUCCGCCUGGUGGCACAUCCGCUGCGCCAGAGACGACAGCAGAGGCUUCGGCUGCCGCGUCUGUCUCGUCGGGCUUUAUUUUAGCCCCCGCCCCUCCCCACCUUUUGCCUCCUCGCCCCCACCCCACCGCACCGGCUCCUGCCCCCUCCCCUGCAGAGCACGCGCGCGCGCGCACGCCGAGGUUUCCAUUUCGCUCGCCGGCCGAUGGAUAUAACGGAGGUGACGGUGGUGCACCACGUCGCGCUGGUGCUGGCCGCGCUCUGGGCCGCCGGGAACGCCGGCUGGGCGCACCCGGCGCUCUUCCUCCUCGCCCUCGUCUACAUCUUCGCGGUAAAUGCACGGUACACAAUGAGACUGAAGAAGCGAUUACAGUUUGAGGAAAAGAGAAGUGCCAACCAAAGAAGGCUCCUCUCUGAUGCAGAGACAGUGAGGUGGCUAAAUUAUGCUGUUGAGAAGAUGUGGCCAGUGUGCAUGGAAAGGGUUGCAUCCCAGCAGUUCCUUUUGCCCAUAUUCCCCUGGUUCAUAAGCAAGUUCAAACCAUGGACCGCAAGGAAAGCAGAGAUCCAAAGCCUUUACUUGGGUCGGAAUCCGCCGAUGUUUACAGAUAUCAGGGUCGUCAGUCAAUCGACUGAUGAUGACCAUCUGGUUCUGGAGCUAGGAAUGAACUUCCUUGCUGCAGAUGAUAUGGAUGCAAGGAUGGCUGUACAACUGAGGAAGAGAUUAGGGUUUGGUAUUACAGCAAACAUGCAUAUAACUGGCAUGCAUAUUGAAGGCAAGGUCCUUGUUGGUGUGAGGUUUCUUCAACAGUGGCCCUUUAUUGGGCGUGUACGAGUAUGCUUUGUUGAGCCUCCAUACUUCCAGAUGACAGUGAAGCCGCUAUUUAGUCAUGGGCUUGACGUGACUGAACUUCCAGGAAUUUCUGGAUGGCUUGACAGAAUGUUGGAUGUUGCCUUUGGACAGACCCUAGUUGAGCCUAACAUGCUAGUUAUUGAUAUGGAGAAGUUUGCCUCGGAGUCGGAAUCUACAGAUAAUUGGUUUACUGUUGAUGAGAAGCCACCUAUUGCGCAUGCCAAGGUAGAGAUCAUGGAGGGGGCUGACAUGAAACCUUCUGACCCAAAUGGUUUAUCGGACCCGUAUGUGAAAGGCCAGCUCGGACCAUACCGUUUCCAGACAAAGAUCCAUAAGAAAACUCUCAACCCCAAAUGGCUGGAGCAGUUCAAGAUACCAAUUACUUCAUGGGAAUCAUCUAAUCUUCUUUCUCUUCAAGUUCGAGACAAGGACCAUAUCUUUGAUGACCCACUUGGCAAUUGUUCAAUCAGUAUCAAUAAACUGAGAGGAGGACAAAGACACGAUAUGUGGAUUCCACUAAAGCAUAUAAAGACAGGGAGGGUUCAUAUAGCUGUCACGGUACUUGAAGAUGAAAAUGGAAAGGUACCUAGUGAUGAAGAUGAACUGUGUGGAACACCCAAGGAGGGGAAAGCUAGCACACCAGGGUCUAGUUUUUCUUCGAAGACCAACACCGAGAGUGCAUCUUCUGCGGGAUACCGGAAUAUGACCGAUGAAUAUGAACCUGUGGACAUCAAAGGACUGGAAAAGGCUGGAGUCUGGGUACAUCGGCCGGGCAGCGAUGUCGCCGCUACCUGGGAGCCUCGGAAGGGGCGAGCGCGGUGCCAGGAUUCCCAAAUACUACGGGAGAACGAUGGCUGCAGCGAUAGCCCCAGGUCAUCGGUGUCGGAGUCUCAGACAAGCAACUCCAGCACCGAAGAACCAGCCAGCGGCAACAAAUCUCAUCGCCACCUCCGCAAGGUGAAGAAGGGUUUGGUGAAACUGGCUGGAGCUAUGCGCCACAACAAGAACUCCAAGAGCGUGAGCGAUGACGACGAAACCUCUCCGUGCGAAACGCCGCACCCGAACAUACGGCCUGUCGGAGAAAGCAGGGUGUCGGUAACGUAUGUCGUCGACGAAGACCCCGGGAACAGCAGCAUGGAGCGGAGGUCAGAUGACCAGCACUCCAGCCCCGAGAGGGCCGGCGACGAGAGCCCGACAAAGGGACAGCUGAGGAAGAAGGCGGCGCAUAUGGUGAAACAUGCAGGGAAAGCCGCUCAUAACCUGAAGAGCAUGCUCAGCAGGAAAGGUCUUGACAAGGGCAAGGAAGACGAGUGCAGAAACGAGGAGGAAGGCGAUCUCGAUGUGACGAGAGUUGAUUCUUUUCCUGCACGCGGCGGCGCUGUGGGCGAUGCUGCGGAGUCCUUGGCUGAUGGCAAGGACAAAUUGCUGUAGAAUCUGGGUAGCAGUACAUAGAGGUUGACGUUUCUAGGUAGUUACAUGAACCAAACUGCGCUGUAGAAUGGACAAAGUAGCAUCCUUUUGUUGUGUUAGACGAAGUGUGUCCGUAAAUAUUAAUUGUAUACCACGUGCAUUACUAAAGGAUGUUUUUGGCUGGCACCUGAGAGAAAUGUACGUAUAUGUUUUUUGGCUGGCA